UGUUCAGCCAGACAAAAGAACGUCUAGUAGGAUCAGCUAUUCUUUAUCUUCAUGCUUCCUUGCAAAUUACUUUUCACUGCUUGGUAGUUGCUUUUUAUGUAUGGUGGAUAAUCUACGAUUUGAAUUGUUCUGGAGAUUGUCUUAUUUACUGUCGGGAGUACAUUUUCUUAGUGAUAGAAAGGUUUGAAGAGCUUGAAUCUCGUAAUCCUGGAGAUACUUCAAUUGCUGACCUUCCAAAUGUUCAAAAGUUGAGGAAGGAACUUUGCGAGGCACAUUCAUUGAGUGAAUCUAUGAUUCCGGAUGCCCUUCUAGAGAGAUUAUUAUCAAGUACAACAGAAUUUCCUCCUGUUUGUGCCAUCAUUGGAGGAAUUCUUGGACAGGAAGUUAUUAAGGCAAUAUCUGGCAAAGGAGACCCUCUAAAAAAUUUCUUUUUCUUUGAUUCGAUGGAUGGGAAAGGCAUAAUAGAGGAUAUAUCUAUAGUGAGAGCAGAAGGCUAGGCUCAAGAUUUCCUUUUCCCCCAAGUGGAACUCAGAAAUAGUGGAACAUUUUAUUUGAAAAGCUGAUCUUUGUUGAAUUUAUAACUGAUCCUUAGGAUGAUUGUACUUGUAACUGCUGCUUCGUCAGUCGAAUUACUGAUUUGUAGCAUGACUGUAGUCGGACUUAUUUUUUAUUGUCUAGUGUCUUUUGACAAUAGGCCGUAAUUUAAAGAAUUAUGUGAAUGAAACUUCCAUAUUCACAGUUUCAAGAUCACUGUGUUGGGUGCAGUAGGUAUUCAAUUGCUAAAAGGUACUGCUAUUCGGU